UACAUAUUUUUACGGGCUCAGUCGAACCCAAAUGGUUAAUGGGGAUCAAUUGGGUUGGAUUUGAUUUGGGUCCGACCCGAAUUCUGUUGCUAAUACUUGACCCUUAUUUCGAUCAUCCAGUUCGUCAUUCUUCAGAGACCCAUUUCAUCCGUACGAGAAAGCAAGUUCUCCGACAAGUAGCGGGGUAGUGUAUUGUUCAAUCAAAAUAGUGUUCUGUUGUGAAAAUCGGCAUAUUCCCAGGCGAUUAUAUCGAGACAACUAGAGUAAUUAAGCUGUUAGCUUAUCUACCAUUAAUCUUCUGGGUUGAAGGUGGUGAGCGGAUAAUUCAUGGCGAUGGGUUCUUCUAUUGCUGCACUAAAGUUCCAGGCUUGUGGGAUCUUUGGAACUGGUCUUAAUAGCUCAAAUAUUCUUCCCCUGCACUCUGCAAACAUGGUUAGGAUGCCGUUGGUGAUUGAAGCAAGAGCACCUAUGCGGACGGAGAGUGAUAAAAUUCGGAAUAGAAGAUCGAGCAAGAAGUUUAACGGGACAGCUACAAAACCAAGGCUUUCAGUGUUCUGUUCGGAUAAGCAACUAUACGCAAUGUUGGUCGACGACCAGAAGAAGAAGUGUUUGUUCUACGGAAGCACUCUGCAAAAAUCAACUCGUAAGGAUCUUUCUUGCACUACAGCCGAGGCAGCGCAACGAGUUGGAGAAGAGCUUAUCAAGGCUUGUGUAGAUCUCAACAUAAAUGAAAUAUCUUUCUACGAUCGAAACGGGUUGGCUAGAGGAGAGAGAAUGCAAGCCUUUGAAAUUGCCAUUGCUCGCCAUGGUUUCUUGCCCCGAUAGAUCUUACUAAUGGUGUAUAUUGCUAUUUUUUCUCUCUCUAAAAUUCCCCAUCCCUAAAACCCGAAACUCAAUCUUUCAAUUGUCUUCAAACUUCGAUGAGUUCAAAUAAAAUUGGAUCGGAUAAGUUAUUGCAGAUCAUAUAAUCUCGCCUAGAAUUUUCUUUUUUAU